CGUCGGAACUCCGUGACCGCCGGAAGGCGGGAACUUCCGGCGGAGGGGGCGUCCUGCGCCUCCGUGUCCGUCUAACGGGGGCUCGGCCGGUGGGACAAUGGCGGUCCCUAUGGUGCCCAUGGAAACGCAGCUGCAGAGCAUCUUUGAAGAGGUGGUGAAAACUGAGGUAAUAGAAGAAGCUUUUCCUGGUAUGUUUAUGGACACUCCUGAAGAUGAGAGAACGAAACUGGUCAGCUGCCUGAGUGCUUUUAGGCAGUUCUGGAGCAGUCUUUCCCAGGAAUCCCAUGAGCAGUGUGUCCAGUGGAUUGUAAGAUUCAUUCAUAGUCAGCACAGUCCUAAAAGAAUUUCUUUUCUUUAUGACUGUUUAGCAAUGGCAGUUGAAAGUGGACUUUUACCACCCAGGAUGGUUUGUGAGUCUCUGAUAAACUCUGAUACACUUGAAUGGGAAAGGACACAGUUGUGGGCACUGACAUUUAAGUUGAUCCGGAAGAUCAUUGGAGGUGUGGACUACAAGGGUGUACGUGAUCUGUUGAAAGUGAUCCUAGAGAAAAUCUUAACAAUUCCCAACACUGUGAGCUCAGCUGUUGUGCAGCAGCUUUUAGCAGCAAGAGAGGUGGUAGCCUACAUUUUAGAAAGAAAUGCAUGUUUGUUACCUGCCUACUUUGCAGUUACAGAAAUCAGAAAACUAUAUCCUGAAGGAAAACUUCCACACUGGUUACUAGGUAAUUUAGUGUCGGAUUUUGUGGAUACCUUCAGACCUACAGCAAGAAUAAAUUCCAUUUGUGGUCGCUGUAGUCUUCUUCCUGUGGUAAAUAACUCAGGUGCUAUGUGUAACUCAUGGAAACUGGAUCCUACAACUCUUCGUUUUCCUUUGAAAGGUCUCUUACCAUAUGAUAAGGAUCUGUUUGAGCCACAGACUGCUUUGUUGAGAUAUGUUCUGGAACAGCCGUAUUCAAGGGAUAUGGUCUGCAAUAUGCUAGGUCUGAAUAAGCAGACCUUGAACAUUGCUCAGGUAUGUUCACAACCUUACUGUUGUAUUGUGACUAACGAUACGCUGGCCGCUUUGUAGCCACUGAUUCCAGUUAGAGAAUACAUGUACAGUCAGGGCUUGAAAUUGGCAGGACCAUUAGCCAAGGGCAAAUUCUCAAUACAUAUCUCUGGAUAUUUGAGAGAUGUAGCGUAAAAUUGGCAGUCAGUGAUCCUUUGAUGCAAAGAUUUUGAUUGGAAUGAACUUCUACCAUUUCCUUUACCAGUCACAAGAACUUUUACUGCUGGAAUUUUCAGAUGAGUAGAGAUUCAUAGUUCAAUAUCUUUACUUCUGCAAGUGGAAAAACAGCCACUGCAUCUGACAGUAAAAUUUUAAACCUGCAAAUACAAUCGUUAUUAAACAAAAAAAACAAAAA